AAACGGGUGGAUUUGAAAGUCGGGCGCGUAUUUCAGCAGCUGUGACAUUUAUCUCGAGUAAAAAUGGAGGCCAGUAAACAGUCACCUUGUGCCUUUAAAACACCUUGCAAGCCUGCAAAAGUGAAAAGUCCAGCCAGUGCAUGUGGGACCCCAGUCACCAUUCCUGCCUCUCCCUUCAUGAAGAAGCUUGGCUGUGGGACUGGAGUUAAUGUCUAUCUCAUGAACAGGAUGGGUAAGCAGACUAAUUCGCCAUGGGCCAUCAAGAAGAUCAACAUCAAGUGUGCAAAGAGUCAGAUGAAUGUCUAUCAGAAGCGUCUGUGCGAGGAGGCAAAGAUCUUAAAAGACCUGCACCACCCCAAUAUCGUUGGGUUCAGAGCUUUUACCACAGCAAAGGACGGUUCCAAGUGUUUAGCGAUGGAGUAUGGUGGCGAGCAGUCUCUAAAUGAUCUCAUUGAGAGGAGAAGAGAGGAGGACCUACAAGCAUUUCCAGUGGCCACUAUUGAAAAAGUGGCUCUUCAUGUUGCACGUGGCUUACAGUACCUGCACAAUGAGAAAAAGCUUUUGCAUGGAGACAUGAAAUCAUGCAAUGUUGUCAUCAAGGGCGACUUUGAAAGCAUAAAAAUCUGUGAUGUUGGCGUGUCUCUCUUGCUGGAUGAGAACAUGCAGGUGAGUGAUCCAAAGGCCCGCUACAUUGGAACUGAGCCAUGGAAGCCUAAGGAAGCUUUGGAGGAUGGAAUCAUCACUGACAAAUCUGAUAUCUUUGCAUAUGGGCUCACGCUUUGGGAGAUGAUGUCUCUUUCUGUCCCUCACCUGGAGAUGCUGGACACGGAGGGUGAUGAUAAUGAUAAUGAUGAUGACUCCUUUGACGAGGAAGACUUUGAUGAAGAUGCAUAUUACGAGAGACUGGGGACUCGACCAGCUUUGGAUUCAACCACUCUUGGUGGAGCUUACCAGAGGAUGGUGGAGCUCUUCUGUCUCUGUACAGAACAAGACCCUCAUAAAAGACCCUCUGCAGCUCACAUUGUCCAGGUGCUGGAAUCCAACAACCAGCUUUGUAAUAAAGACAGUGAGGUCAUUGUAAUUGAUUAACCAUUAAAUUCCUGUCCAACUGAAAUGUAUUACUGUUACUGUUUUACUUGUGUCAUUUUACUUUGUGGGUUAUUUCUUUGUCAUGUUGUAAAUACUUUGCUGUUAAGAAAUAAAUCAUUAUGUACUCUUGACAUUUAUGUUUAGAUAAAUUGUAGAAACUAGUGGCCACAAUGCCGUUUAAAAAAUAAA